GGGGCGUCUCCGAAGGUAUUUGGCAGUUGAACGCUUGCUGUGAAACAAACAAACGAAGAAGAAAAACAGCCAAUCAGAAGGCUCGGAGAGGAGACUCGUCCAGACACGUUCAGACUGUACUGAGUGUUACACGUGCUGCUACCUCUAAAGAAAAUGACUGCAAGAUGGGGUUCAUUUGUUGAUGAUGGCGGAGUCGUCGAAAAGGAAUAAAGCCGCCUCGCGGGGGCUUUUCAGCAACUACCGGUAUUUGUGCAAAAAAUCCAUGAUGCUUUGUGCCAUGGAGGACACAAGAGCCAGGAAGAUAUGCCAGAAUAAAAUAAUAAUCACCAACGUGAAGAGGAAAACAAACCACAACGAACCACAAGAUACAAAUAAACUGGUGAAAAAAACAAAAUCGAGCGAUGCAAACCCGGAAAGCCAAAGCACUCUGAACUCUGAAAACAAGAGCGCUGAUAAACCUGGAGUCUCUGAGCACCACAGUUUAGCCUCAGCCUUCAGAGACACCUGGGAGGUGGACAGCGGUUUCUCCUCUGAGACGAGUCCUCCGGCCAGCGGUCGUAGCUCACCGUGCCUUAGCUCGAUCACGGUGGUGGCGUUGGACUGUGAGAUGGUGGGCACGGGGCCUGGCGGGCGCUGCAGUGAGCUGGCCCGCUGCAGCAUCCUGGACUAUCACGGCAACGUGUUGUAUGAUAAAUACGUCCGGCCGUGUCAGCCCGUCACAGACUUCAGGACUCGCUGGAGCGGCAUCCGGAGGCAUCACCUGUACAACGCCGUGCCCUUCGCUCAGGCCAGGGAGGAGAUCCUCAGUAUACUUGAGGGCAAAGUGGUCGUCGGCCACUCCAUCUACAACGACUUUGAGGCGUUGGACAUGUUCCAUCCAGGUCACAUGGUCAGGGACACGUGCACGACGCGCCGCCUCAGCCGGUUGGCCGGUUUCCCCCGCGAGCGCUGCCUCUCCCUCAAAAUCAUGGCCAGCAAGCUGCUGAACAGGAAGAUACAGGUGGGGCGGCGAGGUCACUGCUCAGUGGAGGACGCUCUGGCCGCCCUCGACCUCUACAAGCUGGUGGAGGGCGAGUGGGAGCAGGAGCUGCAGAACAAGCUGAGGGACGACGACGUUCCACGCGAGCCGAGCUUCGCCUCCUCAAACCACUACAUGCAGGACGAGUACUGGCCCAAUGAGGUCAUAGCUGACAGCCAAUGAGAGCAGAGUAUUCAUAUUCACAUAAUGUGUAGUGGGAAAUACCUCAACAGAUUACACUACACGGUGAUGUAGAGUCAUCAGAGCAGAUGUCUAAAUAAUGUGAAUUAAAAUACAUCUUGACUGUAAAUCAAGUCUGGAUUAAAAGUAAUGUUAAUAAAUGGGAAUAUGGAAAUAUUAUCUGCAUUGUCUCACAUGAGAAGAUGUACUCUAUCACUUUGGGGGGGGAACAACUUUAAAGCCUGAAAAUGAUAACUUAUUACGUUUAAACAUGUUAAACAUGAUUGGAGUUCCUGACAGCAUAUUUUUUUUGCUGUGAUACCUAGGGAUGUCACGAUACCAGAAAUGUAAUAGUCGAUGCCAGUACCACUGAAAUUCCAUGAUUAUCAAUACCAGGUUUUUUUGUUAGAAAGUUAAACAAGUCAUAAUUCCCUCUAUUAUAUAUUUUAUAUUGCUGUAAUAACAUCACAUU